CCCAUCGUGCACCCCUAUGGGUGACUGGCCACUCACUCAGUGUUGGUGGUGAAUAAUAGCUUAUUAGGCCCGACGAUGCAUUCUCUGUAGCUGUGUCAUAAGUUGGGAUCAUCAUUGUGCUGCGGAUGACGAUGCGAACAAACUGACACCAUCACUUCCUGGUACAACGUCUCAAGCAUCUUUCGUCUAGAGUGUCUUCCUCAUUAUAACUUCAGAAAAAGAUUCGGAAAUUCAAUUUGGCUGAGUACUCUGGCCAGAGAUGUUGUACGGGGAAUUCAGUCGUUUUUACUGAUGCCAGUUUCUGGUGUGAAAUCUACAAUAGCAUCAAGACAUUUCGCUGCGUGAAAGGAAAACUCUCUUCCACAAUUCUCCCAGGACGGUCUCAUCAGUUACAUUCCAGCAAGAACCUUACUCCUUCUUGUGACGGAGGAACCCUUGUUUCGUCGUAUUCGGAAUUUAACCUCAUCUCAGAACGAGUAUCGAGUCUGGAGCUGUGAGAUUUGUGAUGACUUGCGAGAAAUAACUCGGUCAUCUCUCCUAGGGAAUAUAUCACAUCUCCAUGAUCAACUCAACAACAGAGGAAACACAUUAGUUUUCUUACAUGUUGACAUCGCGUUUAGUUAGCAAACCGAGAACAUUACUCAACCAUUGAACCCCAAAUCGUAUAUUGCUUGUCAGUGUCUUCAGCAAAGUGUAGGCCUCAGUGGAACAACACUCAGUGACCCCGGGUCACAGAGUAAAUCCUUUUGUACCGCGAGCUCUGCGUGGUGCUUGGCCGGCUGUACGUGCCGGAUCGCGGGGAUCCUUGAGGCUUGAUGCUGCCAACAAGUUGUUUAGGCCUACUGAUUGUACAUGUACAUAAUGUACAUUUGCUAGGAUCAUUCAUAGAGCAAGGAACAACGAUCGCACAGACAACCUUGGUCCAUGGUUCCGAGAGAUUGGGUUACACAGGAACUAGUCAUGCAAGUUUAAGCCCAUGCACCAAAACAAUAAUAACUGUACUCUAUAUGCGCGGUGAGUCAACUUAACCUUUAUACAAGUAAGCAGAAUAAAACCCCUCUAAAUGGCUCCUUUGCUGUCACCGUGGUUACUAGUGAUGCUUGGAAUGGCUGAUGUGUAUUUCGAUGGAACAAAAGCCAACACUAUUGUUGAAGCUAGAGGGGAGUCCAUCUGUUCCUAUCGGAUCGACAACGAAACUAAGCUGCUCACAAAUCCCGUCUGUUUCCUUGAUGAUCAAGACUUCGUGGUUGCUUUGGCAACGGAUGCAAACGAAAACAUCAUCUUCUUCUCUGAUAUUAUCAGUGGGAAGCUGUUUAAGUACAGACGUGACCAGGCUCAGCCUGCGCAACUGUUGUAUGGACUGGGUAGCGUUGAAGGUGUUGCUGUUGACUGGCUGGCCAAGAAUCUUUACUGGACAGACUUUCAGUUGAAUCACAUCUGCGUGUCUCGAUAUGACGGAAACAAUCGAGCGAUCAUCGUCAGCGAUGACGUGCUAAACCCAAGGGGAAUCGUUACCGAACCUUUCGAUGGGUUACUUUUCUGGGCCGAUCUAAGAGGCGUGUCCGACCAAGAGGGGCGUAUAGAGCGAAGUGACAUGGACGGCACAGCACGGUUUGCCAUCGUGGACAACGAUCUAGUCUCCCCUAGCGGACUAGUCAUAGACUUCCAAGAGAAAAGAUUGUACUUUGCUGAUCGAGGAACCGACAAAAUCGAGUCAGUGACCUACGACGGGCAAGACCGAAGGGUUCUCUACCAACAGAUUGGCGCCGACUUCUUUGGCAUUACAAUCCAUGGAGAUGUUCUGUACGCCACAGUGUGGCAGUCUACGGAGGCCGAUGGGAAGAUCAUGGCCAUCACCUACCAAGGUGUCAAUGAGGGCCAGGUCCUGCAAACCUUAGAGCAUACAGGCCAAGCCUUGGGAAUAACUACGGAGGAUAUGGCUUACCAACCAAGACGACUGAAUGGAUUAACGGGUGCGUGUGGUGGCCUGAAUGGCGAUUGUGACCAUCUAUGCUUGCCAACCAGCGCAGCCAGACGAGCCUGUGGAUGCCGAACAGGGUACCGACUCGCUGACGACGGGGUCUCGUGUGUAACCGACUACAGCGACGAGCGUUUCUUCCUUGUUGUUGACUCCUCCCUCAACACCAUCUUCCAAAUCGACGCGUCCACCGACAGCCACGAUAUCGCAGCCUUAGCCAUAGACGAUCUGGUUUUCCCAGUAUCCUUGGCCUAUGACCAUGUGGAGGGUAUGGUGUACUGGACUGAUCGGGCGCUUUCGGCUAUCCGUAGGGCUAAGCUGGACGGAUCUAUGACGGAGAGUGUGCUGAUUGGGAAUAUCAACGACCCGGGUGGUCUUGCCCUGGAUACGAGGCGACGACUCGUGUACUGGACCGACGAGGACAAGAACGAGAUUGGUGUGGCGAGCAUAGAUUUCGGGGCCAGGGUUUUCAUCGACCAAGAUCUUGACGAGCCCCGCGCUAUCGCUGUCGACUUGCUGAAUGGUGACGUGUAUUGGACAGACUGGGGCGCGGUGGCCAAGAUUGAGCGUGCGUCACGUGACGGCACUAACCGAGAAGUCCUAGUGGAUCAGGAACUUGGAUGGCCCAACUGCCUGGCAUUAGACUCACAAAAUGAAGUGAUGUACUGGUGCGAUGCGCUGCGUGAUCGCAUCGAGAUGUCAGACAUGGACGGUGGCAAUCGCAUCACCCUGGUGGAAUUCAUCGAAGAGGUGCACCCGUUCUCUCUUGUAAUCUACGGUGACUACGUCUACUGGACUGAUUGGCUGAGGCACAGGCUAACGAGGGCCGACAGGUGGACGGGGCAAGGGUUGGAGGAAGUGGGGAAAGAGGAGUUCUUGCGGAUGCAGGGACUUGUUGCAUUUGAAACUGCGGACAUCUUUGAGGAAGAAUCUCCGGUGACGGAAGGUGGAUCAGAAGUCACUGACUACGUACCCGCCUCGCCUACGACAACUGCCUCGCCUCCUAUGAAUGGCGCCCUCAACCUCACCGUGAUCAUCGCCGCCGCUGGGGGCGGGCUUGCCUUGCUUGUGGUCAUCGUCCUUGUCGUCUGCUGUGUGGUGAAAUGUGCGCGAUCAAAAGGCGGCAGGGGCCCAGAUGACCACGUACCUAUGUCAGUCCGGAGCACAUCAUUUGUCGGUUCCUACGACCCAAGCGGUCUCCCCUCCCCUGUCCUAGCCAACAACAACCCUCCACCUCUACCCCCAGCCCGUAAGAAGAGCGACCCCAUCUACGAGGACAUCGACGAGUACCAGAAAUCCGGGGCUGCCUACCAGGCCUACCUGAAUCCGGCCUUCAGGGAAGGAGAUGGUGACGAGGCGGCGUCCGCGCGUUACGUCAAGCGUAUCACGCUCGAUGACGCGCCGAAGAAAACCGCGCCAGCCCCUCCUAAAAACCCAGAGCAACGCCCGAAAGCAAAGAAACCGGCGCCCAAACCUCCAGCUAAACCAGGAGCUAAGAAGACACAACCACGCCCGGAUCAGACGUAUCUGACGCCAGAUGCAGCACAAGAACAGGACUAUAUGGCCUUAAGGGUACAAGCACCUUAAGUCGGAUAGGGAAAAAAACUUGGAGUAGCAUUAACUAUUUUGUUGGGUUCUGAGGUGUCUGAAAAUAAUGGCUACAUUCUUCUUUAGAUAACUGAGCUGAGGCAGUAUUGCCGAAACGUUCAACUUCAGAUGUAAUUAUACUUUUAGUUUCAGAUCUCACGGGAAAACUGGGCAGGCCUAUCUAUUGCUCUUCCAUGCUAUUUUUGUAUAAGUAAAUAAAUUCUAAUAUAAAUUUUGUGGAUAUGGGAAUUUAAUGCAUAUGGGAAUUUAUGGCCGUUAUAAUUUAGUAAAAUUAAAACACACGUCUCUUUAAAUUCGUAAGAAGAAAAUUUUGUAGCAUAUUUUCACGUUUUAUUUUAAGUGAAUUAAGUUGGAUUUCCAUGGGCUGAAAGGAACGAAAUCUAAUUUUCAUUACCAUGUGGGCCCGACGUAUUAUUUCAAAAGUAUUGAUGUUUACUCUUUACAAUAAAACAAUUUUUGUCAAACGACACACUGUCUCGACACACAUGAAACACAAAUAGCAGACCGUAUUAAAGUUACACCGCCGACACAUCUCUUCACUAUGAACUGAAUACAUUGUAUUUACAACUUCGAUAAUUUUUUUAUUUUAGUGUACAGUGAUAAUUUUAUUUAUAUAUUUACAGAAAUUGACAUUAAUCAAAACAUUUACUGGAUUUAUUAAUUACAUUUGUACAUUCGAACCUACAAGCG